ACUAACAUACUCAGUUCCAAGUUUGGAGCUUUUAGCUGCCAGCUCUGGCCCAUCAUGUAGCUGCAGCACAGCCUUGCCUAACGUUGCAACUGGGGGAAAAAAAUCACUUUCCAGUCUGUUUUGCAAGGUGUGCAUUUCCAUCUUGAUUCCCUGAACGUCCAUCUGCUGCCUCGGUCAAGAGAAACUCCACUUGCAUGAAGAUUGCACGCCUGCAGCUUGCAUCUUUGUUGCAAAACUAGCUACAGAAGAGAAGCCAGGCAAAGUCUUUUGUGCUCCCCUCCCCCAUCAAAGGAAAGGGGAAAAUGUCUCAGUCGAAAGGCAAGAAGCGAAACCCUGGCCUUAAGAUCCCCAAAGAAGCCUUCGAACAACCUCAGACCAGUUCCACGCCACCUCGAGAUUUAGACUCUAAGGCUUGUAUUUCUAUUGGGAACAAGAACUUUGAGGUGAAGGCCGAUGAUCUGGAGCCCAUCGUGGAACUGGGGCGUGGGGCAUAUGGUGUGGUGGAGAAGAUGCGCCAUGUACCCAGUGAGCAGAUCAUGGCAGUGAAGCGGAUCCGAGCCACAGUAAACAGCCAGGAGCAGAAAAGGCUACUGAUGGAUCUGGAUAUUUCCAUGAGGACGGUGGACUGUCCUUUUACGGUCACCUUUUAUGGUGCGCUCUUCCGGGAGGGUGACGUGUGGAUCUGCAUGGAGCUCAUGGAUACAUCACUGGAUAAAUUCUAUAAGCAAGUCAUUGACAAAAACCAAACGAUCCCAGAGGACAUCUUAGGGAAAAUAGCAGUUUCUAUCGUUAAGGCAUUAGAACAUCUACAUAGUAAACUCUCUGUGAUUCAUCGAGACGUCAAGCCUUCCAAUGUGCUGAUCAAUGCCCUGGGCCAAGUGAAGAUGUGCGACUUUGGAAUCAGUGGCUACCUUGUGGACUCUGUUGCUAAGACGAUUGACGCAGGAUGCAAACCUUACAUGGCUCCUGAGAGGAUAAACCCAGAGCUCAACCAGAAGGGAUACAGUGUGAAAUCUGACAUUUGGAGUCUGGGUAUCACCAUGAUCGAGCUGGCCAUCCUCCGAUUUCCCUACGACUCGUGGGGAACUCCCUUCCAGCAGCUCAAACAGGUGGUAGAAGAGCCGUCACCACAACUGCCAGCAGACAAGUUCUCCGCAGAGUUUGUUGACUUUACCUCACAAUGCUUGAAGAAGAAUUCCAAAGAAAGGCCAACAUAUUCAGAGCUUAUGCAACAUCCUUUUUUCACUCAACAUGAAUCCAAAGCAACAGAUGUGGCAUCUUUUGUAAAACAGAUUCUUGGAGACUAAAAUCAAUGGACUCAAUCCUGUGGAUUGGUGGGUUUACGGGGUGAAGUGAGUUCACAACGUCGCCAAUGGAAACUCAUUCUUGAGAUAAUUUAACCCUGCCACUCAGAAGGUUUCUCCCAAUUUACCCUUCUUCCUUGAGGGGGCCUUGGAAUCUAUAGCAUAGAAUGAACUGUCUAGAAGGAUGAAAUAUGAUAAAAGCUUAGGACUUUUUAAAAAGUGAUUAAAUAUUUAAUGAUGUGUCAUGUGAGUCCUUAAGCUUCUCAGACUUCUCUUGUUCUUUGCAAAAUGAAUGCAUUGGCCCUGGUCAAAAAACAAACAAACAAAGGUGCUACAGUAGUGAAGACCUUGUAAGUAGAUGUGUAGUUUUGUCCCACUUACAUGGUUUAUGUUUCAGCACUUGGUUGUAAAGAUUCCAUUUUAUGCAAGCAGGAAAGGACAAAAGGCAAGGUUGGGUUGGCAAUGUCGAUAAAGCCUUUGCAUUUUCAAGUUCAAUCACGUCCGAGGUCCAGGAGGAGUGAUUUAAUAUGCAGUGUUAAAGAGUAUAAUUACAAU